AUGGCCUCAGCAGCAGCUGGCUUCCGCCCCUCCUACGAAACCUGCUUCCAAGUUACACCUCAAUGCCCCGUCGAAGCCACCACCUACGGCGACUACUUCAACCUCGGCGCCUGUAUCUUCUUCACGGUCUUCUUCGCUAUAUGCUUCAUUGCUCAAAUCGGGAUCGGCGCAUGGGGUCGCACCUGGUCCUUCUCCAUCUUCCUCUGGAUCGGUACCGCCUUUGAAAUCAUGGGCUACGGCGCACGGAUCAGCAUGACACGGAUCGGCACCGUCUGGAACUACCCCGCCUUCGUCAUCCAACUCCUUAUGCUUAUCCUCGCGCCUACCAUGGUCGCAGCCGCCAUAUCCGUCACCUUCAAGUGGAUCGUCAUCUACCUCGAUCCGCGGUACUCGGUGCUCAAGCCCAAAUGGUACCCCUGGGUCUUCGUCGGGACGGACUUUAUCUCCAUCAUCAUUCAGGCGGUCGGCGGAGCGGUAUCGGCCGGGGCGACCAGCGGGAACGUCCCCAACCAGAAGCUGCUCGAUGCAGGGACGGGACUGCUGGUCGCUGGUGUGGCGUUCCAGGCGGCCAACAUGGCGUUCUGCGGGGGAUUGAUGGUGAUCUACUGGCUGCGGUAUAGGGCGGGGAAGAAGAGGGGUGACAUCAUGCAGGGAGUGAGGAGGAGGGACUCUGUUGGGACUGAGGAGGGAGAGGCAGCGGCAACGGGCCUAUGGCCGGAGACCAAGUUUCAGAAAUACCUCUACGCCAUCAUCAUUGCCUACUUUGCGAUCUUGAUUCGAUGUGUCUACCGUAUACCGGAGAUGGCGCUGGGCUGGGGAAGCACUUUGAUGCAGAACGAGACUCUCUUCCUGAUUCUUGACGGAGCAAUGAUCGCUAUCGCCGUCCUACUCCUCACGGUCGUCCACCCCGCCAUAUUCUUCCCCAUCCUUCGAAAGCCAAAGAAGAACGCUUUGGCCGCAUCCGCCGACGCCGAGAAGAAGGGUCUCCAGACGUCGACGCCACCGGAGCAGGGUACGAUCGGGGCGCAGAGGGGAGAUGCGAGCAUGAGCGGAUAG